AUGUCAGAAAAAUCAAUGUCUGGUAUUCGUACUCCUUAUCUUCGCGUUCUUGGUAUUCAGACUGAAAUGAGUGGGCCAGGCCGUGCUGGAAAGUUCACUUUUACUCCAGAAGAGCAACGUAUUUUCAGGUUAGAAAUUUUUAUCUUAAAUUUUUUCGUUCUUUCUAUUACUAAAAGUUGGUACAAGUAUAGAAUUACUAUGAAAAAUAUAGUUCUUUAUGGUUUCUCAAAUUUCAAGGUUUUUAUUGGUUUAAAUACUUGUUUUAUUGUUUUCUUCUUUUUUGUUUUAUAG